AUGGUUUUGAGCAUUUAUGAUUGCCCUUUAUUUGCAUUUCAACCCGAGUUCGUCACCAGUCCUUAAGUUUCAAAAUGAUAAAACUCAAAAGAAAAUGGCCAGUUCAGUAUGUUUACGAGACAUUCAAGAGGCAAGCAAGAGAAUAGCGCCGUAUAUCCACAGAACUCCGGUCUUAACUAGCUCGACAUUAGAUAAAAUGACUGGAAAAUCUCUUUUCUUUAAGUGUGAGGUGUUCCAAAAAGUCGGUGCAUUUAAGUUUCGUGGUGCUUCGAACGCGAUAGGAAAGCUGGUUGAGGAAUAUCCUGGUGACACAAAACAUUUAAUGAUUGUAACUCACAGCAGUGGCAACCAUGCACAAGCAAUUGCACUGGCAUCCAAACUGAGAGGUGUGAAAGCUAACAUUGUCAUGCCCAAGGAUUCUCCAGCUGUAAAGAAAAAUGCAGUGCUAGGCUAUGGUGCUCAAAUAACUGAGUGUGUCAAUACUAAAGAGGGUCGUGAAGGAACUUGUGCCUCAGUAUUGAAGUCGUAUGGAUCAAAUGGUCACUUGAUUCAUCCAUUUGAUAAUGUUCAUGUAAUAGCAGGACAGGGAACAAUUGGUCUGGAAGUUUUGGAACAAGUCCCACAUGCUGAUGCUAUUUUAGUUCCUGUUGGUGGUGGUGGUUUAAUCAGUGGUGUUAGCAUUGCUGUAAAGAACACACGACCUGAUGUGAAGAUAUUUGCUGCUGAGCCUGCUAAUGCAGAUGAUUGUGCUAAAUCUUUGGCUGGUAACACACGAAUACCUCUCACAGGUCCCCCUAACACGAUUGCUGAUGGACUGCGUACUAGCAUUGGUGAAGUCACGUGGCCAAUCAUAAAGCAGUAUGUUGAUGACGUCAUAACGGUAAGUGAGGAAGAGAUAAUUAAUGCAACGAGAUUAGUAAUGGAACGAAUGAAGGUGGUUAUUGAACCAUCUUCUGGUGUAGUUGUUGCCGCUUUAUUUACGGAGAAAUUUCAAAAUAUUGCUGCGAGUUUUAAUAAUAUUGCUGUGCUGUUGUGCGGAGGAAAUAUAGAUCUAGAUAACUUUCCUCCUCCUCAGCCGUAAAUUAUUAUGCGAUUAUUGUGCGCAGCGUCAUUGACUUGUGUCGCAGAUUCAAAUACCAUCAAAAAUAGUUAAUGAUGUAAAAAAAAGGAAAAUGGCGUAGAUGAUUGUUCGUGAAACGUGCGUUGUCGUAAGAUCAUGGACGAUUAGAAAUCAUUUCACGCGUCGAUGAUCACAAUUAUACACGAAAGAAAAUGUGUGGGAAAAACUUCUCUAGUAUACCUGGAAACAAUUCAAUGGCCUACAUUUGGCGUGUAGUUCUAAUGAGAAUUAAGCACGCCGAAUGUUACUAAAAUCAACUACCAGUUUAGUUCAAAAACAACAUGUGGCAAAGAGUUAUGUCAGCAAUAUUGUUAUUUUACAAAAAUAACAUCUUUAGCUGCAAAAUAAAAUUAAAAUUGAAAGUACUUAAUUUGAUAGUGUUUGUAUAUCAUUAUUAAACAAAGAAGCUUUAUAACAUGAUUUUUGUAAUCAUUUGACAAAAUAGACGAAGCUUGUCAAUAAAAUAUUGUCAUAGA